UCUCUACUUUCCUCUCUACCUGACAUCCUCUGUCCAUCUCCUCUGCUUCUCAAACUCAGGGGAUAUUCCAAUCGUUGACCCAUCGACCACUAGUGCUCUUACAAAGCUCUUCUUCUUCUUCUUCUUCUUUGUUCAACUCCAUCCAUUAGUCCAUUUGGAUGGGAGCCAGAGCAGAUGAUAAUUUGAAGAUUAUUGAAUUGAAAGUCUCUGUUAACUGCUGCGAAGGGUGCAAGAAAAAGGUACUCAAAGCUUUGAGCAUCAAAGGUGUUUUGAAGACAGAGAUUCAUCCUUCUCAACCAAAACUCACAGUCUACGGGAGUGUUGAUCCCCAAACUCUUAUUAAGAAACUAUCAAGGUGUGGAAAAACAGCAGAGUUAUGUUCUUCAGAAGAAACAAAACUACCUAAAAUCCCAGCUACCACAACUACUGCUGCUACUGCUGUGGACAAGGAGCAGCAAACAAAAAGCUACAGUGAUGAUGCAGGAGGAAAGCAAAAUUCAAGCCUUAACGAUACCAAAAGCUCAAACAACAACAACAACAAUAAUAAGAACAAAGACGGUGAUGAGAUUAACAAUAAGGUUAAAGAAACAUCAGGCUCAGUUGCUGCUCAGGUUGUUCCAGAGGAGGCAAUGUUUGCUACACCAGUAGUGACAACAGUUCCCCCAAUGAGUUAUGUUGUUGGUCCAGGUCCAAACAUGGUUCAUAACCCUGGUGGCAAUGUGAUGGCAUCAUCUCAUGCAAGAGUUUACUAUCCAAUGGAACCCCACACUGUACUUCCAAUGCCUUAUUACACGACAGUGAGCACGCAUUACACUGCUCCUCCACCGCCCUGUUACAUUCCAGAACAUUAUCAGUAUGAGAUGCCAAUCUAUAGAACACCUCCCCCGCCAAUGCAACAACAACCCAUGGGGUUCUCAGACUACUUCAAUGAUGAUAACACAGUUGGAUGCCAUGUGAUGUGAUUACUGAUUAGUAAUUAAUCCUUAACUAGGACGUCUUGUUUUUUUUCUCUUCAUGUACUUUUGAAGAUGCUGCAUGAGAUGG